CGCGCUCGCGGUGAGCAGUGUGGAAGUUUCUCCGCAAAUUGAGGAGGACAUGAGAUUACAGCGAGCAGCGUGCAAAAAUGUUAGGUAGUAAGGAAUCUACAGAAACGCAAAUAAAGUGAGCGCAAAUGUCGGAGUUCGCUGUUUUUUCUGUCGGCUUUAAGACUCACUUGUGUGGACCUCAGACCGAACUUGGACCAAGAGCAAAAACUCUGGAGUGUUAAAAAUACUUCUUUUAGAGCAGGGGAGCAGAGCCUGCUCACCCGUGGCAACCCCAUACUCCAACUACCAGACAAGACGCGCAUAUAUGCAUAUCAACCUGAGCGUGGCUGUCAAGGAAUCUCAAGCCUUUCAUGGAACUAAGCUCCCAAAUUGCUCUGCUACCACUGAGGCUAUGGUAGUAAAAGCCAUGGAGACACAUCAGGUGUUGGCUGCUCCUCCAGGACCCCCAGCUCCACCUCCACCCCCUCCUCCUCCACCUCCUCCCCCGCCUCCACCUGCAUCUUCCUCACCAGUUAGCCGGGCAGAUACUGUCCGUCAGAGUCGAUUGAGGAAGCUGAACUGGGAGCGUAUCCCCAAAGAGAAGGUGGAAGGGAGGAAAAGCGUGUGGAGUGGUGCAGCCCCUGGUGAGGACGAGUUUCCUAUAGACCUCCAUUCUCUAGAUGAGUUGUUUGGUCAGAAAGACAGCAAGCCAAGGGACAGAACUGUGACACUGAGGCGACAGUCGACACUGCUACGACGCAGAUCCCCACAAGAAGGCCCGGAAGAGAUUUUCCUACUGGAUUCCAAACGCAGUAUGAACAUAGGAAUAUUUCUACGUCAGUUCAAAAUGCCAGCUAAGGAGAUUGUCAAAGAUAUCAGGCACGGUAUUGGAGAUCGCUAUGGAGCAGAGAAGCUCGUGGAGCUCUACAAACUGCUGCCUGACAGUGAGGAGGAAUGUCGCCUUAGGAGGUUUAGUGGAGAACAGAGCUGUCUUGGAGAACCUGAUCUUUUCAUGUUGCUUUUAGUGGAAGUUCCCAGUUUUCGGCUUCGUCUGGAUGCCAUGAUCCUACAGCAAGAGUUUGACCCUGCUCUGACCUCUCUGUGUGUGGCAGCCAGAUGUCUGAGGGAGGCGGCGAGAGAACUGCUGAGCUGUCCGGAGUUGCACUCCAUCCUCCGUUUGGUGCUGAAAGCGGGAAACUACAUGAAUGCUGGUGGGUAUGCAGGGAAUGCAGCUGGCUUUCGAAUUUCAUCACUUCUCAAAUUGGCAGACACCAAAGCCAACAAGCCAGGGAUGAAUUUGCUGCAUUUUGUUGCUCUGGAAGCUGUGAAAAAAGACCAGAGUUUACUGUCUUUUCCCAGCCAACUAGGCCACGUUGGCUCCGCCUCCAGGUUGUGUGAAGAGGGUGUCCUAGAUGACCUGGCAAAGUUAAAAAGCAGAGUGGCUGCACUCAGGACAAGUAUAGAGAAUGAAACAGAUAUUAAGCAACAGACACAAUCGUUUCUGGAGAGGGCUGAAGAGCAACUUAAGGAGGCCGAUGAUGAGGUAGAGGGUAUGAGGAUGUCGAGUCAAGCAUUGAUGGAGUUUUUCUGUGAAGAUGAUGGCACACAGCUAGAGGAGGCUUGCAUGGUCUUCCAUUUGUUCUGCCACAGGUUCCAAAGAGCUGUUAAGGAAAAUGAGGAACGGGAACUUAAGGAGCAGAAACGUAUAGAACGUCAACGUGAGAUUGUGGAAAAACGUCGCUCCCUUGCAGUUUGUACAGGUCUGGACCUGGGGCUGAGUCUUGCCAGAGAGCCUCACAGUCAGGAAAACCAAGAUGAACUGGAAAGACUUUUAGAGAAGAACCUGAGAUACACUUGGAGUCGCCGUAGUCUUAGAAUUACUAAUUCUCGCAGAUUCACACACCACAUGCAAAAUGACACUCAUCUCAACAGCUCCAUUCUCAAGAGUUUCCCAGUUUUGGGUAGUAGCCCGACAUCCCCUGGUUACCACUCAAACAGCUCCUCAGACCACGAGACUAGUGCUUUACUCUGCAGCUCCGCAGAGACUGAUGGCGGAUGUUCCCCCUUUGACCAAAAGUCUGUUCUGGAAAGAGGCAUUAGAACAUUGAAACAGAGCAUGGAAGCAGUUAAAGACUCCCACAUUGCAGUAUUUAGUUCCUCUCAACAUGGAAAUAGCUUCACUCUGGAGCAAUAUGGGCCUGAGAGCAUUUCUUACUCACUACGUGACCAACUGAGGACAACAGGACUUCUUCAAAAGAGAGAUUUUUCUCAUGAACACAUGGCUUUGAACAGUUCUAGUACAGACUCUGCUGCUAUAAGCACCGAUGCAUCAGCCCAGGGUGUUAAAAGCCAGAAUUCCACUUACAGACAGAGGCUUACCAACAGCAAUUGCCCUGCUCAGUCUAAAUCUGGAAGCUCUUCAGUUCAUGAGUCCAAUAAUACCUGUGGACCGCUUUCCAACAGAGACACAAUGACUAAAACUAAAUUACAAUCAUCCACAGAGGAGGUAACAUCCCAACCACAGACAAAGCAUCGUCCAACAGCUAAAAUAAGUGCAGGAAUCUCUUUACCUGAGGCAAGUUUAACAAAAGAGGGAGAAACUGGAAUGGUUUUAACCCCAGUGGAGGAGGACUGGAUGCCCUCCAGUCAGCCAGAGUUUAGCCAUUCACAGCCAGAGGAGGCCUCUACUUUGCCAGCUGCUGGUAAAGAGACUGCCAGGUCAUUCUCACGAGUGGGUGGAACACUGGAGUGCCACACUCUGGUUAAAGGUCUACGGUCCUAUGAGAUACUAUCUCCCACAACCUCUCCACUCCCGCGACCCACACCAAGCCUUUGCUCCAAGUGGAAGAAGGAGAGAGAAGUCGACCUCAAUGAGGGGACUGAGCCAAGGUCUGAAGCAUCAAAGGAGGAGGCUAGAACCGUGAAGACCGCGGUGCGUAGUGGUAUUGGAGCAAAGAGAGGGUUUGUGUCACGGAAAGUUCCUUCAAACAGCAAAGGCAUCCCCAGAGUGCGCUCCAAAACUGAGCCUUCAAACGAAGCGUCAUCAACUGUUAACCCACCUCUGCCUACACGGCCGUCCAUUCCCCGCAGCUCUUCAGCCCGCUCAUCCCCUUCUGUUCGACCAGCUGUAGCUCAGGUGGAAGUGAAGCGAAGUACCAGCAUGCAGGAGAAAACUGCAAAUGAGUCACAGAUUCCAGAGAAGUCCACUCUGACUCGGAGUUCUUCAGACAGAACUCCACAUGAGAAGGUCUUUGGCAGCACCCAGUCGGCCUUUAUCAGAGGAGCUUCUACUCGUGUGUCCAAACGUGUUGCUCCAAACUCUGAGACCCAGCUUCCAUCCCAGUCGGGGACCGCAAACAGCCCAUCCUCAGCCACUGCCAAGACCAUACGCACAGCUGUCAUUUCAGCUGCUCGCAGUAAAACAGCCAAGACAACAACAUGCGGGGCUGCCUCACCUGCUAACCCGAAAACCCCAGCUACUUCACGGAUUCCUAGUCUCAAAAUGCCCCGGGGCACUGCAGCUCAGCCCCUGUGGAGAUGACGACAGGGCUUGUUCUUGUCAAAUUUCUCAUGUCUGUAUGGAUUUCUGGUAUUCUUCAGUUUUAGCUAAACCUAGAGUUAAUUUCAGUUAACCUUAAGUGAAGUGUUUUCAUCCAUUUGAGUGCCUAUAUGUGAUUUGGCACUGAGAGCUUUGGGGAUACGUUUUAUCUCGUUUUUCACACAUUAGCUGGGUAGUGGAUUUUCUACAAUCUACCUCUAUUUACACCCAUUUGUGUCCUUUGCAGGCAGUAGGACAACAAAAGACUUUAUCCUGUCGAAUAGCCUUAAUGCUUAGACACACUUUAGGAAGCUAUUUUAGUCCAUAUCCUGGGUUGAAAAGUAGUUUUCAAGAAAGUAAUCAAAUGGUAUGCACACUGUGGCCCUCUCCCUUAGUAUUCAGUGUUGUUUGAGCUGAACCUGGUACAAUAUUGAAAAGUUUAUUUUGUUGUUGAUUGGCCUCAUCAAAAAGCUGCACUUUACAAACUGAAACGAGGCUUAAAGAGAUGGUUACUGUCAAUUUUAUUUUAUGUAAAAAUCAAUAACGUUAUUGAAUAUAAUUAUUCACUUCAAGAUAUGUGUUUGUAAAAACAAAUGAAAGAGGAAAAAAAAUAAGAAAUUAUUGUGAAAAUAGUGUCUUCAGUCUUCUAAAGGUUCCUGUAUGAUGUACACAGUGCCUUGCUGAAGUAUUGCUGAAGUAUACUCCUUGGAUUUUUCCACAUUUUUUCUCGUUACAACCUGACAACCUGUAGGUUUUAAUGUAUUUAAUUGGGUUCUUAUGUGAUGGACCCACACAUAUUGCUGUAUAAAUGUGAUGUGGAAGGACAAAUGUACAUGGUUUACAACAUUUAUUACAAAUAAAAUUUGAAAGUGUA